CCCGGUCGUGCGUCAUCUCCCGGCGCCCACAGGACCCCGCUUCGCGCCAAGCAGCAGAAGAUUUCAGUACUUUUGUGACGAACUUGAUCCGGAACCGCCAGAAACCUGUUCACAAUGGACAUCAGGCGGUUCUUUCAACCAACUUUAGCCAAGCCUGCGGUGCAGAAACCUGCCCCGAAUGGAGACGUCAAAACAGAGGACAAGAAGAAAAAGAAGAAUCCUCUCUCUUCGGACGAGGAUGUGAAGAAGAAGAAGAAAGAGACCGCCAAGGUCAAAAGCUCCAAACCAGACGAGAAACACAAGGAUAGUGAUAAAAAACGAAAGAAGCGUGCAGUCAUAGAAUCAGACUCGGAGGAUGAGGAGGUAGCGAGGAAGUCAAAGAAAUCUCCCAAAGAGAAACAAAAGACGAGCAAGACUGAGCCACCACCCAAAAAAGAUCCCGUGCAGUAUGUCUCUGAAACAGACUCCGACAGUGACAACUUUCAGUCUUUGAAGAAGACCUCCAAACCCAAGCAGAACGGAACGGCCAAACCAACAAAGUCAGAGGCAGCGAGUGCUCGUCCAGGAGCCAAAGAGGGAGUGAAGUCUCCUGUUGAGUCCUCCUCCUCCUCCUCCUCAUGGGGGAAAACUGCAGGGAAGUCUCCUGUCACCCCUAAGUCGGCCCCGCCUCCUCAGCCCAAACGAACCCCCACCUCAGUACUCGAUUACUUCGGCAAUGCGGCUGUUCAGCGCUCGGAUAAGAAGCUUGUAGCCAGCACCAAGCGAAAGGCUCCGACUCAGGACACCGAUGAUCUGAUAAGUGAUGAGCAAAUUGCCAGAGAGCUGCAGAUGGAUGAGGACAUGGAGCUGGAAAAGCAGGUCCACGAGGACGAGGAGUUUGCCAGAACACUGGCCAUGCUGGACGAAGAGCCUCAAGCGAAGAAGGCUCGUAAAGGCUCUGAAGAAAAACCGGCCCCUACCACAUUUAAGAAGAGCAGCCCAUCAAAGACCAAUCUGAGGGGCAGCAUGUCGGAGGAUGUGAUUAGUCCGUCUCCAAAGAGGAACCCUGUCAAAACCAGCUCCAAACUGGCAAUGAUGAAGAAAAGAGAGGAAGAGAGAGAUGAAGGGCCAAAGACCAAAACACCAAUUUCACCCGCAAAAAUCAAAAUCUCUCCCAAAAAGGAGCCCAUCGCUUCGUCCAGCUCACCCAGAAAGUUCACACCCAAAACAGGAACCACACCCACCGCAGUUAAAACUUCUCCCAAGAAACCAGAGAGCACAAGUACGAGUCCUGAUGAUGGUGAGAAGAAGAAGAACAACGCUUCAGCUUACAGGAACUUCCUCAACAGAGAUGGACCGCGAGCUCUGGGCUCCAAGGAAAUCCCACAGGGUGCAGAGAACUGUUUGGAGGGCUGUGUGUUUGUGGUGACGGGGGUCCUGGAGUCCAUGGAGAGGGAUGAUGUCAAAUCCCUCAUCGAGCGCUACGGGGGCAAAGUUACGGGCAACAUCAGCAAGAAGACCACCUACCUGGUGCAGGGCAGAGACAGCGGAGUCUCGAAACUGGAGAAGGCGGAGAGUUUGGGUACCAAGAUCCUGGAUGAGGAUGGUCUGUUGGAGCUGAUCAGAACCAAACCAGGAAAGAAGUCCAAGUACGAGAUCGCUGCAGAGGCAGAGAACAAAGCCUCAAAGACGAGGACUCCCCCCAGCCAGACCUCAAAGAGCACCCCUAAAGCCCAGAAGAUCUCUCCCUCCAAGGGUAAUUCCAGGUCCCCUCACACCCCGAGCCCGUCAAAGACCGGCCUGGCACAAGGCCACGGUGCCAGGAUCAGAGAGCGCGGCACUCCUCCUGGGAGAGGCUCAGGUCACACAGCCCGGAGGGAGCUGGGCCUUUCUUCAUCGUCAGCCCCCGGACCUUCAUCCCCAUCACCGACCGGGGACGGCGCCAGUCUGCUGUGGGUGGACAAGUACCGGCCGAUCUCUCUGAAGACUGUGAUUGGCCAGCAGGGAGACCAGAGCUGUGCCAAUAAGCUGCUACGCUGGCUGCAGAACUGGCACAAACACCACAGCGGAGGCGCUCCCAAGCCGCCAGCAGCAAGGUUCGGUAAGUUUGGAGGGAAAGAUGAUGGAUCAGGAUUCAAAGCUGCUCUGCUCUCUGGACCUCCGGGGGUCGGGAAGACCACCACAGCCGCCCUGGUCUGUGAGGAGUUGAGCUUCAGCUAUGUGGAGAUGAAUGCCAGCUGUACCCGGAGCAAAAAGAGCCUGAAGGAAGUCGUUGCAGAGUCACUGAACAACACCAGCAUCGAGAACUUCUACAAAGGCACUUCUCAGACAGUGAGCAGUAAACACGUCCUGAUCAUGGAUGAGGUCGAUGGCAUGGCUGGAAACGAGGACCGCGGAGGAAUCCAGGAGAUGAUCGGCCUGAUCAAGAGUUCGAAGAUUCCCAUCAUCUUCAUGUGCAACGACCGUAACCACCAGAAGAUCAGGUCACUGGCCAACUACUGCUUCGAUCUGCGCUUCCAGAGGCCGCGAGUGGAACAGAUCAAGGGAGCUAUGAUGUCCAUCGCUUUCAAGGAGGGAAUCAAGAUACCACCCCCGGCUCUUAACGAAAUGAUCCUAGCCGCCAAUCAGGAUGUCCGACAGGUGAUCCACAACCUGAGCAUGUGGUCGGCCAAAGACAAGGUGAUGACGUACGACCAGUGCAAGUCUGACGCGGCCAGAGCCCGCCAUGACAUGAAAAUGGGACCGUUUGACGUUUGUAGGAAGGUGUUUUCGUCAGGGGAGGAGACUGCCCACAUGAGCCUCAUCGACAAGUCCGACCUCUUUUUCCACGACUAUUCGCUAGCGCCGCUUUUCGUCCAAGAGAACUACCUGCAUGUUCGGCCUAAGGCUGCCGGUAGUGACCUGAAGUCCCACCUGGUGUUGCUCAGCAAGACGGCUGACUCCAUCUGUGACGGAGACCUGGUGGACAGACGGAUCCGCUCUGGGCAGAACUGGUCACUGCUGCCCACCCAGGCCAUCUAUGCCAGCGUGCUGCCAGGCGAGCUCAUGAGAGGCUACAUGGGUCAGUUUCCUACCUUUCCCAGCUGGCUCGGCAAGUACUCCUCCACCAGUAAACAUUCCCGCAUCGUCCAGGAGCUGGCCUCACACAUGAGUUUAAAGACGAUGAGCAGCAGACAGGCGGUGAACCUGGACUACCUGCACUACCUGCGGCAGGCGCUGCUGAGCCCGCUUCAGAGGCACGGAUCGGAGGGUGCCGGCGAAGCUGUGAAGCUGCUGGACGACUACCAGCUCAUCAAGGAGGACGUGGACAGCAUCAUGGAGAUUAGCGUCUGGGGCGGACAGCCUGACCCCUACUCCAAACUGGACUCCAAGGUGAAGGCAGCAUUCACACGGACCUACAACAAAGAAGUUCACAUGACGCCGUACUCCCUGCAUGUAGUGAAGAAAGGUCGGCGUGGUGGCGGUGGCGAGUCAGAGUUGGGAGGCGAGGAUGCAGAGAACGAAGUGCAGGAGUCUGAGGACGAGGGGGAGGGCCUCAAAACCGACGCCAUGAUCAAACAGAAGAAGGCCAAAGCCACCAAGGAGUCAAAGAAGGAGAAGAAGGAAGAUUCUGGGAAGGGCAAGGGCAAGGGGAAAGGCAAGGGGAAGAAAUGACCGAUAACCAGAAGAGGAAAACUAACUGCCCCCCUCCGCCCCCUCAGACUGUAAUAUAUGUUAUAUCUCUCUCUGCACUUGCAACGAUCCUUUAAUGAGGAAGUAGUGAAACUGGUCUUUAACUUCUGCAGGUAACUCAUCCUAACACUUGACUCUAAUCACACUGAGAAAUGUCUUUUUUAACUUCCUGUCAUGUUUACGUCAGAGCGGCUCUAUACUGAACAAAUGAUGCAUAUUAUCUGGUUGUUGCACCCUUUAUCAUGUCUAUACACCUCUACUAACAUUUCAACAGGAGUAUAGUGCAUUUCUCCCGUCAUCAGUUUGUGAUCCAGGUGUCGAGAUUGUAAAUAAUGUGAUGUAAAAGACUGUUACUUUUUGCUACAACUACAGUCCAGAAACUCUUCAGCUCUACGUUUAGCACUGAUGUUCCUGUAAAUUGCAAUUUUGUAUAAAUUUCUUGAGGCUUAAUAGAGAAAUAUGUCGCUCA